AUAAAAUGGACGUUAAAUACAGUAUAGAUUCAGACAACGUGUUUAUCAGAUCCGACGCCAUUCUCCAAUUUUCGAGGGCACACGACCUCUACAAGAAAUACUUCAAGAAAGAACCGAAUCAUAUAAGACUGAUACACUGCGACGGACCUAUAAAUAUAUAUGAAGUGGACGAUAAGAUUCUAAAGAUUCACCCCAAAUCUGGAUAUGAAGCUUCUGUGAUUAGAUAUCUAAACAAAGAAGGUUUUUCCCUAGCUCCAAAACUCUACUUCUACGGGGAUGAUCAUAUGUUCAUACAAAAAAUAGAGGGAGAGACAAUGUUUGAAGCAUAUGAUAAGAUGAGUCCUGAGCAAAUAAACAUGAUAUUUAGCCAAUUAAACUCGGCUAUUGGUAUUCUUAAACAAAAAAACGUCACUCACGGAGAUCUUAUGCCUACUAAUAUAAUGGUAUGUGGAGAUAAACUGGUUGGUAUUAUCGAUUGGGAGAGGUCUAUAGUAGGUUCUCUUGAUGACGUUGAAAGAAGAGGUUUUAUGAAAGCAGAACAUAUGGGGUUUGCUUGGUGGUCUGAAAAAAUGAGCCAGCUGGAUAACUUAAAUAAAUAAUAUAGUUAACAUGAAGACUCAUAAAGGAUAUGAAUGCACAUACUGUCAGACUUGGGUAAACACGGGUCAUAACUGUCCGCAUAGAUAACUUUAAACAUAACAUGACAACCCCUAUGCGAUGAGGUAAUCGUCUUUAAUAAUCAACGUUCAGGCUGGGAUUUACUUGCUGCUUUCUUUGCUCAGCUUCUUUUCAUGGUGAAGCAGACUCU